AACCACGUGGGCUUAGACUCUUCCCGUGGAAGGGGGAUCGCUACUCGCCAGUCACAGCAGAAUGGCCGGCCACGCAGCCAGAGCCAAGUUGCACCUUGUUUCAACAGACCUUUUCCCCAUUCUGAUCUAUUGUAAUCUCGAUUAGCCUUGUGCUUUGUGCUUCGUGCUUUUGACGGUGGUGACUUUGAAUAUGAGCUGGCUGCGGCGGGGGCGGGCCCAGGAGGGCGCCUACUUCCGCCAGGAGACAGAGUUUGCUGCCGCCAGACUGCGACGAGAACUGAAAGAAAAGGGAUUGUUGGUCGAGAGCACGCCGAGGCGGAAGGUGGCAUGGGAGGACGGGGCCUCUGAAAUUCUGCCGGAAAUCUUGCAGAACGAACUGCCCCUGAGUGGGGGUGCAAGCGGGGAAGCUCCUGAGGUUCGGAGGACCAAGGUCAUCUCCCCUUCUUCCGCAUCUAAUCCCGUUUUUAAUACGUCCAAUUCGGCCCUUGACCACUUCAGCCGGAGCCUGCCCCAAACCACGCUCGGGCGAGGAAGAUGGAAUUUGGAAGCCCUAAAACCUCAGGACCAGGGAAAGGCAAUCAGCGCGUAUGAACGGCGGGCGAUGCGGUCCACGCCAGCGCAGCGAAAACAAGCCGAGCUUCUGGCCAAGGGCUAUUUUCAGAUAGUCAAGGGUUUCGUGUUGGGUUCUGCCAUAGUCUUUGGCGGAGGAGUUCUUGCGGCGGCCCUCGUGGUGAAAGCGAUGGGGGCGAAGCAGCUGAGUGACAUUCCCGAGCGGGGGCGUGACUACAUGCAGCCACGAAUUGACGCCUUCAAGGAGCGCUUCACUCCCUUCAAGGCGUGGAUCCGAGAGAAGAGCAGCGGCUGGAAACUAGAGGAGCGACGCAAGCAAGCGUUGGGUUCACCUUUUGCAAAAGGGCUUGGGGUGCCACAGUCGGACACGGGCACUCCCCGCCUGGGGAGCUCGCCCGAGUCAGCGGAAGGCAGGGGAUGAGAUAGGGCAAGAGUCGGUGUUUUUGUACAUAGUAUAAAGGAGAGAUUAUCUAGGUUUCAAGCUUGAAACCGGGCUUGAUUCGAAUCAUGUCAUUCUGUCUCUUACAGUAGCUUCGAAGGGUUGCACUCCGAUGGCUUAGCACCAAAGCAUAGAACUGCGGGGCUCAAUUCAAUUGUACAGAGUUGCUUCGAACUGUAGCGAUUUAUGCUGGCAUCUAUUCUGCCGGGCCACAGCUGUUCAAGGCUGCCGCCGUUCUCGAAUGCGUCAGUGCUCUGCAAACUUAUGUGUAGAAAGACCUAUCCAGCACUUCUUUGAAUCGCUCACUUUUGCAACUCUUGCAGCCGCCCCGAGCACACAAAUAUAGGCUUUACACUAAACAAGGGCAGCGCGCCGGUAUAAUUCCUUACACCGAUGGACCUCAUGAUGG